AUGCACUGCAGAGCUUACCUCUUGCUGGAAAGACACUACCAUGAGUUCAAGGAGAACAAUUUUGAGGGUAUUACUGCUGUGCCUGUAAGUGAAGAUAUGAUGAAAUGGGAAGCUGAAAUUACAGCUCUACAAAAUUCAAUUUGGCAUGGAUUUGUCUUCCAACUGACAAUAAAUUUUACACCAGAGUACAACUAUGCCCCUCCAGUUGUGAAAUUUACAACAAUUCCUUUUCAUCCGAAUGUAAACCCACAGACUGGUCAGCCCUGUAUAGAUUUUUUGGACAACCCCAAUAAAUGGAAUGAAAGGUAUACAUUGAGCAGCAUCUUACUUGCCCUACAGGUUAUGUUUUCCAAUCCAGUGCUAGAAAAUCCAGUGAAUUUGGAAGCAGCCCAAAUACUGAUGAAAGAUGAAUCUUUGUACAGAACAAUAAUUCUAAAACUUUUGAAGGAGCCAUUACAAUCAAAAGAUGACAGCCCAAAGUUACCGAAAGAACCACAUAAAUGUACUGGAAUAAUUAAAGUAGUCUCAUUUAAUGAUUACUACAAGACAUGGUCUGGAAUAGCUACGUCAAAAGCCACAGAAUACUACAGAACUCCAUUGCUUGAAGAUCCAAAUUUCAUUGGACAGUAUUAUAAGUGGAAGAAAAUGGAUCUACAGUAUCCUAAAGAAUGGAAUUCAAAGUUUGCUGCUAUCAAAUCUCGGAUUGCUAGAAAAAAUAGAAUGCCUCACAGAGUCAGUCAUUCAACAGAAAGAAGUCAUCUCUGCCCAACUCCAAUUCCCACCAUAGACGAAAUUUCUUCUGAGCCACAGCCUGAAAUAAAUAUUAUCACAGAGGUUUAUGAAACAGAAGAGGAGUGGGACAGAGAAACUUCAUCAUCUGAAAGUGACAGGGAUGAGUCCUGGGAAGAGGAAGUGGACGAUCUGGUAGCCUGGACCAGCGCUCUCAAUACAGACACUCUAGAAGACUAA